AUGUCAUUAUGCAAAGGCCAGAUCUUGGAAGAGGCCUCAAUCGAUGACAUGCAAACAUGGAUGUCAUCAGGCAUAAUGACAGCGGUUGACCUCCUCUCCUGCUACAUUGACCGCUACAAUCAAGUCGACUGGUACACCAACAGCGUCCUCCAACUCAACCCUGAUGCCAUGGCCAUCGCAAAAGUGACCGACGACGAACGCGCGGCAGGUCGAGUCCGCGGGCCCCUUCACGGCAUCCCCUUUCUCGUCAAAGACAACUACGCUACAAAGGACAAGAUGGAAACGACAGCUGGAUUCUGGGGCUUAGUCGGUAACAUCGUGCCUCGGGACGCCCAUGUAGUUAAAGGUCUCCGCAAUGCAGGUGGCGUCCUCUUCGGCCACGCUACCCUCACAGAAUGGGCAGGGAUGCGCAGCAACAACUACUCCGAAGGCUACAGCCCACGAGGCGACCAAACUCGGUCGCCUUACAACCUGACCGUCAACCCAGGUGGCUCUUCCUCCGGCCCGGCCGUUGCCGUCGCAGGAAACCAAAUUCCCAUCGCAAUCGGCACCGAAACAGACGGCAGCAUCAUCAAUCCCGCCGAGCGCAACGCCGUCGUAGGAAUUAAACCCACCGUGGGCUUGACCUCCCGAGCAGGCGUCAUCCCCGGAUCUCACAGCCAAGACUCCACUGGCCCAUUCGGCAAGACCGUCCGUGACGCAGUAUACGCCCUAGAUGCGAUGUAUGGCCCAGAUCCCAACGACAACUACACCUUAGCGCAGAUCGGUAAAACACCCGAGGGAGGAUACGCACAGUUCCUGGCCGACAAAUCCGCACUCAAAGGCGCCGUCUUCGGCAUCCCCUGGCUAUCGCUCUGGAACGUGAACAAAGCACCCGGCCAGAACGAGGCACUCCUCGAGCUGAUCGUGUUAAUUGAGUCCGCAGGUGCAACAAUCAUCAACGGAACUGAACUCCCUAGCUGGGAAACGACGAUCCCCCAAGAUGGUUGGAACUGGGAUUACGGCACCACGAGAGGCUAUCCCAACGAGAGUGAGUUCACCGUCGUGAAGACGGACUUCUACAACGACAUCCGCGCGUACCUCUCGGAACUCAACAAUACAGACUUGAAAAGUCUGGAGGACAUCAUCAACUACAUUCUCGACAACUUCGGAUCUGAAGGCGGUCUUCCGGGCAUACAUCCCGCGUACGGGUCUGGACAAGAUAAUUUCUUGGUGUAUAAUGAGACGCAAGGCAUUUACAACGAGACAUACUGGCAGGCGAAGGAGUUCAUCCGACGCACAAGCCAGGAGGAAGGCAUUGAUGGUGCUUUGGCUGCUAUUUCACCAAAUCAUCCGAGUGGAAAGACGAAGCUGGAUGCUUUGUUGGCACCACCGGAUGCAGGACAAUCCUACUCCGUAGCAGCCCAAGCCGGCUAUCCUCUGAUAACCUUGCCGGCUGGCGUUGGCGGCGCACUCUCAUCCAGCAUGCCUUACGGCCUGAUGCUUAUGGGCAGCGCAUGGUCCGAAGCUACGUUGAUCAAAUACGCGUCGGCGAUCGAGGACUUGCAAUUGUCGCAGCCAGAGGGUUAUCCGUAUCGACGGACGAAGCUACGUGGGCGAAUUGGAGGAGCCGAAGUCUUCCCGUGA